AUGCUGCACAUCAGCGGCUCGCCCUGGCUGGCAGCAGACAAGACUGAGGAUCAGGGGAUGAGUCCUAUAAGGCGCCGACUGACCCUGCAGAGGAUUACGCAGUCAAAGAUACUCACCAACACCCACACGUUCACACCUCCCCCUCCCCUCACUGCCAUGUCCUCCCACCUCAACUCACCCUUUCUCAUCCUCCCCGCCUUCUUUCUGCUCCUCUCCCUCUCCAUGCCCACCGCCUCCACUCCUUCCCCCUCCUCCCUCCUCUCCUUCUCCCCGCCCGAAGGAGGUCUCACACAUUUGGUGGUCCACAACAAAACCGGCGAGGUCUACCUGGGCGCCGUCAACUGGAUCUACAAGCUGUCCAGCAACCUCACCAAGCUGCGGAGCCACGUUACCGGCCCCGUGACGGACAACCCUCGCUGUUACCCUCCGCCCGGUGUCCAGUCCUGCCCCCACGAGCUGGUGCAGACCUCUAAUGUCAAUAAACUCCUGCUACUUGACGCUGCCCACAACCGCUUGAUCGCCUGUGGGAGCACUUCCCAGGGAAUAUGCCAGUUCCUGCGUCUGGAUGAUUUGUUCAAGCUCGGCGAGCCCCACCAUCGCAAAGAGCAUUAUCUUUCCAGUGUUGCGGAAGCGGGCACCAUGUCAGGUGUCGUGAUCUCCCCGGAUCUUUUCGGUGAAGGUGGAAAACUCUUCGUCGGCACUCCCAUCGAUGGGAAAUCUGAGUACUUCCCGACGCUGUCCAGCCGCAAGUUGAUGUCUAACGAGGAGAACGCGGACAUGUUCAGCUUCGUCUACCAGGAUGAGUUUGUUUCCUCGCAGCUCAAGAUUCCCUCAGACACGCUCUCCAAGUUUCCUGCAUUUGACAUCUACUACAUCUACGGCUUCAACAGCGAGCAGUUUGUGUAUUACCUGACCUUACAGCUCGACACCCAGCUCACCUCGCCAGAUGCAAGCAGCGAACAGUUCUUCACCUCUAAAAUCGUUCGCCUGUGCGUCGACGAUCCCAAGUUCUACUCCUACGUGGAGUUCCCCAUCGGCUGCACCAAGGAUGGAGUGGAAUACCGCUUGGUUCAGGAUGCAUAUUUGGCCCGGCCGGGGACCCGUUUGGCGCGUUCGCUCGGCAUUCAAGAGCACGAGGAGGUUCUGUUUACUGUAUUCGCCCAGGGUCAGAAGAACAGAGCCAAGCCGCCCAAGGAGUCGGCUUUGUGUCUGUUCACAAUGAGGCGGAUAAAGGAGAAGAUUAAAGAGAGGAUUCAGUCGUGCUACAGAGGAGAGGGGAAACUCUCCCUGCCCUGGCUGCUCAACAAGGAGCUGGCCUGCAUCAACUCGCCAUUGCAGAUAGACGAUAACUUCUGUGGCCAGGACUUCAACCAGCCUCUAGGGGGCACCACGGCCAUCGAGGGCAUCCCGCUUUAUGUGGACAAGGAUGACGGCAUGACCUCUGUGGCGGCCUACGACUACCGCGGACACACUGUGGCGUUCACUGGCACUCGCAGCGGAUGCAUGAAGAAGAUCCUUGUGAACUCCAUUACCCAGCCUGCCUUGCUGUAUGAAAAUGUGGUGGUGAGUGAUGGGAGUCCCAUCCUUAGAGAUCUUCUCUUCAGCCCGGAUCAUCAAUACUUAUACGCCCUCACCGAUAAACAGGAUACACGUGUACCGGUGGAGAGCUGCGAGCAGUACACCUCCUGUGGAGCUUGUCUGGGAUCAGGAGACCCUCACUGUGGCUGGUGUGUGCUGCAUAAUGUAUGUUCGAGGAAGGAUCACUGUGAGCGAGCGGAGGAACCGCAGCGCUUCACUACCAGAGUGGAGCAGUGCGUCCGGCUCUCCGUCCAACCUGACACCGUCUCCGUCACCAUGUCAGAAGUGCAGUUGGUGCUUCAGACCCAGAAUGUGCCCAGUCUGUCUGCUGGAGUCAACUGCUCCUUUGAGGACUAUGUAGAGACGGAAGGACGCAUCUACGGUGGACGCAUCUUCUGCCUGUCCCCCUCUACAAAAGACGUUGCCCCCAUCACACGAGACCAGGGUGAUCAACGUGUAAUAAAGUUGUAUCUGAAGUCGAAGGAGACGGGAAAGAAGUUUGCCAGCGUGGACUUUGUGUUCUACAACUGCAGCGUCCACCAAUCGUGCCUGUCCUGUGUCAAUGGAAACUUCCCCUGUUACUGGUGCAAAUAUCGACACAUGUGCACACAGGACGCCAGCGAUUGCUCCUUCCAGGAGGGACGAGUCAACACCUCUGAGGAGUGUCCUCAGAUCCUGCCCUCCACCCAGAUCUAUAUCCCCGCUGGAGUUAUGAGGCCCAUCACCCUGCUGGCUCAGAACCUGCCCCAGCCUCAGUCCGGACAGAGGAACUACGAGUGUAUCUUCCACAUCCAGGGCAACACUCACAGCGUCCCGGCUCUGAGGUUCAACAGCAGCAGCAUACAGUGUCAGAAGACCACGUACGACUACGAGGGUGGUGACAUCAGUGACCUGCCAGUCGACCUCUCCGUGGUGUGGAAUGGAAACUUUGUCAUUGACAACCCGUUCAACAUUCAAGCUCACCUGUACAAGUGCAGAGCGUUGCGGGACAGUUGUGGUAUGUGCCUGAAGGCUGACCCCAGGUUUGAAUGUGGCUGGUGCGUCCAGGACAAGAAGUGCUCCCUCAGGCAGGAGUGUACCGGUGGAGGAAAUUCCCACCUCCCACUGCAGCUGGCUGAAGGUGGAGGGUGGAUGCAUGCCACCUCUGGAAACAGCCGCUGCACCCACCCGAAGAUCACUAAGUUGUUCCCUGAGACAGGGCCUCGCCAAGGGGGAACCAGGGUGACCAUCCUGGGGGAGAAUCUCGGUCUGCAGUUCAGAGAUAUCCAGAUGGGCGUCAGGCUGGGCAAGGUGCCCUGCGUGCCUAUUGAGGAGGAGUACGUGAGUGCAGAGAGAAUAGUGUGUCUGCUGAACGACGCUACGGGCUACAGGGUCCAAGAAGCUCAGGUGGAGGUGUGCGUGAGAGACUGCGUCAAUGACUACAGAGCCCUGUCACCUAGGCCAUUCACCUUUGUGACUCCAUACUUCACCCGUAUCCAGCCGUCUCAGGGGCCCAUUUCUGGCGGCACCCGGGUCACCAUCGAGGGAAGCAACCUUAACGCAGGCAGCUACGUGUCUGUCAGCAUAGGACCACAGCCCUGCUACUUCAAAAAGAGGAACGCCCGUGAGAUAGUGUGUGUCACACCAGCUGGACUGUCACCAGGCAGUUCGUCAGUCUUGGUGGACAUCGACGACGCUGAGCUGAGAAACCCUGAGGUCAAGUUUAACUACACUGAAGACCCCACUGUCCUGAGGAUUGAACCAGACUGGAGCAUCGCCAGUGGUGGGACUCUGCUGACAGUAAGCGGGACCAACCUCGCGACCAUCCGUGAACCGAAGAUCAGGGCCAAGUAUGGGCAGGCAGAAUCCUUUCAUAACUGUACGGUGUAUAACAACUCAGUCAUGGUGUGCCUGGCUCCGUCGGUGGCAGACUCUGAGCUCGGUUUCUCAGAGACCGGCACUGGCCCGGACGAGAUUGGGUUCUACAUGGACAACGUGAACGCUCUCGUUGUGGUCAAUGAAACAUUCAGCUACUACCCCGACCCCGUGUUUGAGCCACUGAGCCCCUCUGGAAUACUGGAGCUCAAACCCACGUCACCGCUCAUUCUUAAGGGUCGUAACUUGAUCCCAGCCGCUCCGGGUAACAGUCGCCUGAACUACACGGUGCUGAUUGGAGAAACUCCCUGCGUCCUCACCCUGUCUGAGAGCCAGCUGCUGUGUGAAUGGCCCAACCUCACCGGACAGCACAAAGUCACGAUCCGUGCUGGGGGGUUUGAGUACUCCCCUGGGACUCUUCACAUCUACUCAGACAGCCUGCUGACGCUUCCAGCCAUCAUCGGCAUUGGAGGGGGUGGUGGUCUGCUUCUGUUGGUCAUCAUCGCUGUGCUGAUAGCCUACAAGAGGAAGUCGAGGGACGCUGACCGCACCUUGAAACGCCUUCAGCUCCAGAUGGACAACCUGGAGUCCAGAGUGGCCCUGGAGUGUAAAGAAGCUUUCGCAGAGCUUCAGACAGACAUCCACGAGCUGACCCAGGAGCUGGACGGGGCCGGGAUCCCCUUCUUGGAUUAUCGGACAUAUGCGAUGAGGGUCCUGUUCCCUGGGAUUGAGGACCACCCCGUGCUCAAGGAGAUGGAGGUCCAGGCAAAUGUUGAGAAGGCAUUGACGCUGUUUGGCCAGCUGCUGACAAAGAAGCACUUCCUGCUGACGUUCAUACGAACCCUGGAGGCUCAGAGGUCAUUUUCAAUGCGGGACAGAGGCAAUGUGGCAUCUCUGAUCAUGACGGCGCUGCAGGGGGAGAUGGAGUACGCCACCGGAGUCCUGAAACAACUGCUGUCCGACCUGAUAGACAGAAACCUGGAGAGCAAAAACCAUCCCAAACUGCUGCUCCGGAGAACCGAGUCUGUCGCUGAGAAAAUGCUGACCAACUGGUUUACAUUCCUCCUGUAUAAGUUCCUGAAGGAGUGUGCUGGGGAGCCUCUGUUCAUGCUUUACUGUGCCAUCAAGCAGCAGAUGGAGAAGGGACCCAUAGACGCCAUCACAGGAGAAGCCCGCUACUCCCUCAGCGAGGACAAGCUCAUCAGGCAACAGAUUGACUACAAAACACUGACGUUGCACUGUGUGAACCCGGAGAAUGAGAACUCCCCCGAGGUGACGGUCAAGUGUCUGAACUGUGACACCAUCACUCAGGUCAAAGAGAAGCUGCUCGAUGCUGUGUAUAAGGGCAGCCCCUAUUCACAAAGGCCAAAGGCUUCUGAUAUGGACCUGGAAUGGCGUCAAGGUCGGAUGGCCAGAAUCAUUCUGCAAGAUGAAGAUGUCACGACUAAGAUCGACAAUGACUGGAAAAGACUCAACACCUUGGCUCACUAUCAGGUAACAGAUGGCUCAGUGAUCGCCCUGGUGCCAAAACAGAACUCUGCCUAUAACAUCUCCAACUCCUCCACCUUCACCAAGAGCCUCAGCAGAUACGAGAGUAUGCUGAGGACAGCCAGCAGUCCAGACAGCCUACGAUCCCGAACACCCAUGAUCACCCCUGACCUGGAGAGUGGCACCAAACUGUGGCAUCUGGUGAAGAACCACGACCACUCGGACCAGAGGGAGGGCGACCGAGGCAGCAAGAUGGUCUCUGAGAUCUACCUGACCAGGCUGCUCGCUACAAAAGGUACGUUACAGAAGUUUGUGGACGACCUGUUCGAGACCAUCUUCAGCACGGCCCACAGAGGCAGUGCGCUGCCGCUGGCUAUCAAAUACAUGUUUGACUUCCUGGACGAGCAGGCCGACAAACACUCCAUCACAGACUAUGACGUACGGCAUACCUGGAAGAGCAACUGUCUUCCUCUGCGGUUCUGGGUGAACGUGAUCAAGAACCCCCAGUUUGUAUUUGACAUCCAUAAGAAUAGCAUCACGGACGCCUGUCUGUCUGUGGUGGCCCAGACCUUCAUGGACUCCUGUUCAACGUCAGAACACAAACUAGGAAAAGACUCGCCUUCAAAUAAGCUUCUCUACGCUAAAGACAUCCCUAACUACAAAAACUGGGUGGAGAGGUAUUACUCCGAUAUCUCCCGUAUGCCAGCCAUCAGUGAUCAGGACAUGAGUGCCUACCUAGCAGAGCAGUCCCGCCUGCACCUCAGCCAGUUCAACAGCAUGUCUGCACUUCAUGAGAUCUACUCCUACAUCAUCAAAUACAAAGACGAGAUCCUCUCAGCGUUACAGAAGGAUGAACAGUCGCGCAGACAGCGGCUACGUGGCAAGCUGGAGCAGGUGAUCGACACCAUGGCCCUGGCUAGCUGAGGACCGGCCAACCGCACGCCUGGGCUAUUGGAGAACUGGCCAACCAACACGCCUUCCCUGACAACCUUUGAUGCCCGUGACAUUUUGACCCUCGACAUUUGAAGUCUGUCGUCAUCACCCUCACAAACAAACAACCAACAGCAGCAGAAAAAGACUGCAAGGACACAAGCACUCAGCAGCAGCAGCACACUGGAGAGACAGCAGAGUUUGGAACUACAGCCCCUCCGGGCAGGGUGGCGUUUUGUUGUUUUUAGUUCUUUUUUUUUUUCCCUCUGAGCCACCAACCCUGCCAUGAACAACCAAAUCAAACUCACCCUCAGUUUCAUCAGAUAUGGACCUCAGCUCAGGAGAGCCUUUAUUUUCAUCAAGGCCCUCAUUAUGUCGAGACUCCUAUGGGAGUAGCAGUUGGGUACUUUGGCCACAAUCAGGAGCGGUACAUGCACAGUGGUGACCAAUAACUCAUCUAGCUGGAUACAGAGCUGAGAUGCUAAUGGAAAGGUACCAGUCACCAGCUGGUAGCUUUCCACAGCCACAGGCUAUGGUUCAAACUGUGAACCAAUAAAAAUCCAGGAUAUAUUAUCGCGAUACUUGAGCCCUUUCUCUUUCCUGUUUCUGCCCUUGGCGGGGAGGUCAGAGGUCAGGCUACAGAGCAGCAGCCACGGAGCUGGUAGAGAUUCAGUGUGUUGCUCAGAGACACUUCGGCAGGGUGGAUGCUUGGCAGCACAUAGGUUGCUGCCACUGCAGGGCAACCAGGAGGAAGGACUUUGCAGGGAAACUCUUCCUCCAGUACUGACUCUCCAACUCUCUCAUCAACAAGAACUCCACUGUAGUCAAACAAAGGACAUUUUCAGUUUCAGAACUCUGCAUUUGAUUUGUUAUUGCAUUCAAUUCUGUUUCUCCCCCUGAAAACUGCCUACUCUCCCCAGUGCUGUGCCACUUGUGUUACUGCUGAAUUUGCACAACAAAGCUAAAUCAAAAGAGAGAAGAGGAUAUAUGAAUAUAUAUAGAUAUAUAAAUACAAACCUUUUGUUUUUAAAACAAAUGAA